GGUGCUGAGAUGGAGACAGAUGAGUUUAUGAAUUCCAAGAAAUCUCAUGAGGUCCAAUCCAUGUCUGAGGUGGUGGCCUGUCUGGCCCAGCACUGUGGAGUGAAACAGGUGAUAGAUGUAGGCUCAGGGAAAGGCUACCUGAGCUCCUUCCUCUCCCUGCAGUAUGGCCUCCACGUCUACGGCAUCGACUCCUCCAGCUCCAACACCCACGGAGCCCAGGAGAGGAACAGGAAGCUGAAGAAGUUCUCCAGGGCGUACCAGAAACACAACAAGGCAGUGAGGGCACAAGGAAAGGCUGCACAUUCACCUCAGGAGGAGUCAGAAGAAAUAAAACCUGGAGUGGAGGGAGACAAUGAUUUUUCACAUGGAGACGGGGUAGGGUUGUCACAAGAGGAGGAAAAAGAAUGGGAUUCAGAGCCAAACCAAGAACAGGACUUCUUCCUUAGUGCCCUAUCAGUGGAUGUGAUGCAGCCUUCAUCCCCCAGAGUUCCCUCCAGCCAGCUCACUGAUGAGGAGAGGGAGAGGAGGAAGAGGGAGAGCCUGGAGAGGAAAGCUCAGAACAGAACCAGUGCCAACGACAUGUUUUCCCCUCUCACUUCUUAUGUUACUGCGGAAACUGAGCUCCGAGAGCUUAUCGACGAGCUGGAGGAUGCGGUCAUGGUCGGCCUGCACACGUGUGGCGACUUGGCUCCCAGCACCCUGAGGAUGUUUGUGGCUAAACCGGAGCUGUCCGCAGUCUGUAGCGUGGGCUGCUGCUAUCACCUGCUGUCUGAGGAGUUUGACCCUGCCGGACAGGAGUGUUUGCACGGUGUGUGUGGCUUCCCUCUGAGUCAGUACCUCCGCCAAGGCUCCUGGUUCUGCGGCAGAAACGCCAGGAUGUCAGCGUGUUUGGCCCUCGAAAGAGUUUCACUCGGCCAAGGGAUUCAGAUGGAGUCUCUGUUUUACCGAGCCGUCCUUCAUGUUAUUCUGAGGGAUCACUACAGCUCCUUCAAAAGUGAAAAGCGAGUUGGGAAUGUCUACUCCAAGGCGAAGUCCUUCGUGGACUAUGUUCACCGAGCUCUACUCAGACUGGAAUUGGAUGAAUCAAAGCUCUCAGACAGGGACAUCCAGGAUUACCACGACACAUACAAACCGCGAAUGGGCGAAAUGCAUGCUUUUAAUUUGUUGAAGGUGACCCUAGCUCCCUGUAUUGAAGGUCUGAUUCUCCUUGACCGCCUCUGCUACCUGAAAGAACAGGAGGAUUUAUCAUUCUCUGCUCUGGUGCAACUCUUUGAUCCCCUCCUGUCACCGAGAUGCUAUGCUGUCGUUGGGCUGAAGAAUUAGAAAGACACAAUUUCAUCUUGAUGAUGAUUAUAAAUCGCUGCUGGCGAGCUCAUGAUUACACGUGAUUAUAUCAGCAAUCACACUUGAGUGGCUGUGUUAUGUGUGUGUUCUUUUCGUGUUCAUGCAGCCUCUGUUUUUCUUACAGCAACAUCUUGUUUUGUUUUAUAUUCUUUUACUGUUUUUGAUGAAAAAUAAAUCUUCAGUAUU